GGAGAAACUUCUCCUUCCUCGCCAGAGUCACCUGACUUCCGGCUUCAUCAGCGGAGAUAAAAUCGGGGCUUGCAAAGGAGGGAGGGAAGGGGUCUGCUUCGUCCUAAUUAAGCCUCCUAAUUAAGCGGGGUGCCUCCCAGGCGGGGGCUCCUAUUCCUGCCCCCGCUGCCCAGGGUCGCUGCAGCUGCUGCCGCGUCAGGAUUUUGGGGGAGGAAGAUGAUGGUCAGAAUUCUACGUAGAGGUCUGUGAAAUCAGUGGGAAGAGCAGAGAAGCCAUUUAAAUGCAGGGAAUGUGGAAUGUGCUUUAGUCACUGUGGAAGAAUGAGGAUACACCGACGAAUAAACACGGGGGAGAAACCGUUUGAAUGCAUGGAGUGCGGAAAGAGCUUCACUCAAAGUGGUAAACUUAGAAUACAUCAACGAACUCACACGGGGGAGAAACCAUUUAAAUGUAUUGAAUGUGGAAAGAGCUUCAGUCAAAACGGAGACCUUAGAAUACAUCAACGAACUCACACAGGGGAGAAACCAUUUAAAUGUAUUGAAUGUGGAAAGAGUUUCAGUCGUAGUGGAGACCUUAGAAUACAUCAACAAACUCACACGGGAGAGAAACGGUUUAAAUGUAUUGAAUGUGGAAAGAGCUGCAGUCGUAGUGGUCACCUUAGAAUACAUCAACGAACUCACACAGGGGAGAAACCAUUUAAAUGCAUUGAAUGUGGAAAGAGCUUCAGUCAAAGUGGGACACUUAGAAUACAUCAACAAAUUCACAUAGGGGAGAAACUAUUUAAAUGUAUUGAAUGUGGAAAGAGCUUUAGUCAUAGUGGAGCCCUUAGAAUACAUCAACGUACUCACACGGGGGAGAAACCGUUUCAAUGUAUUGAAUGUGGAAAGAGCUUCAGUCAAAGUGGAAAACUUAGAAUACAUCAACAAACUCACACGGGGCAUAAACCAUUUAAAUGUGUUGAAUGUGGAAAGAGCUUCAGUCAAAGUGGAAACCUUAGAACACACCAACUAACUCACACAGGGGAGAAACCAUUUAAAUGCAUUGAAUGUGGAAAAAGCUUCAGUCAAAGUGGAGCCCUUAGAAUACAUCAACGUACUCACACGGAGAAACCAUUUAAUUGUAUGGAGUGUGGAAAGAGCUUUAGUCAAAGUGGAGGCCUUAGGAAACAUCAGCUAACUCACACAGGGGGGAAACCACAGAUGUUAAGGCAACGAGCAUCUGUUCCCUAUACUCUAAGCCCAGGUUCCCUCCCUCCUCUCCCCAUUGGCUGGGUACUGCAAUUAUCCCGCCCCCGGAAAUACCUGCCUCCCUGGCGGGGGCUCCCAUUCCUGCCCCCGCUGCCCAGGGUUGCUGCCACCAUAGCCAGGAUUUCGGGUGAGGAAGACGAUGGUCGGAAUUCUACGGAGCCGUCUGUGAAUUUAUUGGGAAGAACAAAGAAACAGUUUAAAUGCAAGGAAUGUGGAAUGUGCUUUAGUCACUUUGGAAGUCUGAGGAUACACCAACAAACUCACACAGGAGAGAAUCCAUUUAAAUACAUGGAGUGUGAAAAGAAUUUCAGUGAAAGUGGAGACCUUAGAAUACAUCAACAAAAUCACAAUGGGGAGAAACCGUUUAAAUGCAUUGAAUGUGGAAAGAGCUUCAGUCGUAGUGGAGACCUUAGAACACAUCAACGAACUCACACGGGGGAGAAACCAUUUCAAUGCACUGAAUGUGGAAAGAGCUUCAGUGAUAGAGGAGCCCUCAGAACACAUCAACGAACUCACACAGGGGAGAAACCCUUUAAAUGUAUUGAAUGUGGAAAGAGCUUUAGUCGUAGUGGAGCCCUUAGAAUACAUCAACGAACUCACACGGGGGAGAAACCAUUUAAAUGCAUUGAUUGUGAAAAGAGCUUCAGUGAUAGAGGAGCCCUCAGAACACAUCAACGAACUCACACAGGGGAGAAACCGUUUAAAUGCAUUGAAUGUGGAAAGAGCUUCAGUUGUAGUGGUCCCCUUAGAAUACAUCAACGAACUCACACAGGGGAGAAACCCUUUAAAUGUAUUGAAUGUGGAAAGAGCUUUAGUCAAAGUGGAGACCUUAGAAUACAUCAACGAACUCACACGGGGGAGAAACCGUUUAAAUGCAUUGAAUGUGGAAAGAGCUUGGCUUCUAGUAGAGCCCUUAGAAUACAUCAACGAACUCACACGGGGGAGGAACCGUUUAAAUGCAUUGAAUGUGGAAAGAGCUUGGCUUCUAGUGGAGCCCUUAGAAUACAUCAACGAACUCACACGGGGGAGAAACCGUUUAAAUGUAUUGAAUGUGGAAAGAGCUUCAGUGAUGGAGGAGCCCUCAGAACACAUCAACGAACUCACACAGGGGAGAAACCCUUUAAAUGUAUUGAAUGUGGAAAGAACUUCAGUCGUAGUGGAAACCUUAGAAAACAUCAACAAACUCACACGGGGGAGAAACCAUUUAAAUGUAUUGAAUGUGGAAAGAGCUUCAGACGAAAUGCAGCCCUUAGAAUACAUCAACGAACUCACACAGGAGAGAAACCAUUUGAAUGUAUGGAAUGUGGAAAGAGCUUCAGUUGUAGUGGAGACCUAAGAACACAUCAACGAACUCACACGGGGGAGAAACCGUUUAAAUGCAUUGAAUGUGGAAAGAGCUUCAGACGAAAUGCAGCCCUUAGAAUACAUCAACGAACUCACACAGGAGAGAAACCAUUUGAAUGUAUGGAAUGUGGAAAGAGCUUCAGAGAAAAUGCAGCCCUUAGAAGACAUCAACGAACUCACACAGGAGAGAAACCAUUUGAAUGUAUGGAAUGUGGAAAGAGCUUCAGUUGUAGUGGAGACCUCAGAACACAUCAACGAACUCACACGGGGGAGAAACCGUUUAAAUGCAUUGAAUGUGGAAAGAGCUUUAGUCGUAGUGGAGACAUUAGAAUACAUCAACGAACUCACACGGGGGAGAAACCGUUUAAAUGUAUUGAAUGUGGAAAGAGCUUCAGUCAAAGUACAAACCUUAGAAUACAUCAGCAAACUCAUACAGGGCAGAAAACAUUUAAAUGUAUGGAGUGUGGUAAGAGCUUCACACAGUGUGGAGACCUUAAUAUUCAUAAGCGAAUUCACCCAGGUGAAAAGCCAUAUCAAUGUAUGCAAUGUUCCAUUCAAGUUUCACUCUUUACUUCACAUCAAGAAACUCAUAAAGGCGGAAAUGAAUUUUAAAUGCAUGGAAUCCGUUUGAUGUUUUGGUGUUUGUAUUUAAAUUUGUAUACACAUAUAUAUGUAUUAAAGUAAUGAAGGUCACAUAUACUAAAUGUAGACAAGAAGUUGGAAGUUGUUGCUAGAUAAACGGGGAGAGUGUGAAUCUGGAAUGCUCAAGGUGUGUGAUGAAUCUGUUGAGUUUUGACCUCCGCCCUUCAAUGCCAAAAUGAUGGGCUGCCCUUGUCUUGUGGAUCAGCAUCUGUCUGCUUUAGGGAAAUGGGGUACCUCAGAUGUUGGGAAACAACGCCCAUAAGUCUCAGCCCAUAUGGCCAAGAAUGAUGGGAGUUGUAGUUCAAAAACUCAAGGGUGGAAAAUCUCACGUUUCUUAGAACUUUCCUUUAUGAAUAAUUAUAGGUAAAACUUUUGUUGAUACAGAGCUCAUUUUUUAUUCCAGGAGCAGCUGGUCACUUCUGCUUUAUAAACAAAGCCAAAUAUAUUGACACACUUUACAUUAAAACCAAAUUUUAGAACAGAGACAAACUUUUUUUUAAA